CACAAGUCUCAGCGAGCACUCCUCUCUCAUACUGCUGCAUUCCACUCAUACGUCAAAUGUAUAUAUUACUUGCUAAUGGUAAUAGCAGCCUCUCCGGUGAAAGAGGGUGAGAAGAGGACUUAGUUUUCCGGUGUUGGAAGGUGCAACUAAUAAAGGUGUGUGUACUUUUGGAGUUGGGCCCCUCAGUCACAUGGAUGCAUCAACGGCUUUAAUGAUCCUAUCCGCGAUAGCGGCCUACUUAAUAUGGUUCUCCUUCAUCACUCGAUCGCUCAAAGGUCCACGUGUCUGGCCCCUAUUGGGUAGCCUCCCUGGGCUCAUCCAGCACGCAAACCGCAUGCACGACUGGAUCGCAGACAAUCUCCGCGCGUGUGGCGGCACGUACCAAACCUGCAUCUGCGCCCUACCCUUCCUCGCCAGAAAACAGUGUCUCGUGACCGUCACGUGCGACCCCAAAAACCUCGAACACAUCCUCAAACUCCGCUUCGACAACUACCCAAAAGGCCCCACGUGGCAGUCCGUGUUCCACGACUUGCUCGGUGAAGGCAUCUUCAACUCAGACGGCGACACGUGGCUCUUUCAGCGCAAGACGGCCGCGCUGGAAUUCACCACCCGCACUCUGCGCCAAGCCAUGGCGCGCUGGGUCAGCCGAGCCAUAAAGCACAGGUUCUGCCCAAUCUUAGCCACGGCACAGGAGGAAAACAAGCCGGUAGAUCUACAAGACCUCUUGCUUCGGCUCACUUUUGACAACAUAUGCGGCUUGGCUUUCGGCCAAGACCCGCAGACACUAGCCGUGGGCCUUCCUGAGAACGCCUUCGCUCUAUCCUUCGACCGCGCCACGGAAGCCACCUUGCAACGUUUCAUUUUGCCUGAGAUCUUUUGGAAGUUGAAAAAAUGGCUCCGGCUUGGAAUGGAAGUGCGCCUGAGCCGAAGCCUAAAGCACAUCGACCAGUACCUCUCGAAUAUCAUCGAGAAGCGCAAACUCGAAUUGAAGAACGGAAGUGGGACCCUCCACGAUGACCUGUUAUCACGCUUCAUGAAGAAAAAGGAAUCCUACUCGGACGAGUUUCUCCAACACGUGGCUCUUAACUUCAUCCUCGCUGGACGUGACACGUCAUCGGUCGCGCUGAGCUGGUUCUUCUGGCUCUGCACCAAAAACCCGCACGUGGAGGAAAAUAUCCUGAUCGAGCUCUGCACCGUUCUGAUGGAGACACGUGGCGAAGACGUGAACAAGUGGCUCGAAGAGCCUCUAGUGUUCGAGGAGGUUGAUCGCUUGGUCUACCUGAAGGCGGCGUUAUCGGAGACGCUGAGACUUUACCCCUCGGUGCCGGAGGACUCCAAGCACGUCGUGAACGACGACGUUUUGCCCAACGGAACUUUCGUUCCCGCGGGUUCGGCGGUGACGUAUUCGAUUUACUCCGUUGGGAGAAUGAAGUUCAUCUGGGGAGAGGACUGCCUCGAAUUCAAGCCGGAACGGUGGCUCUCUGCCAAUGGCGACAAGAUUGAGGUGCAAGAUUCUUACAAGUUCGUUUCCUUCAAUGCGGGACCGAGAAUUUGCUUGGGAAAGGACUUGGCGUACCUGCAAAUGAAGUCGAUCGCCGCUGCAGUGCUGCUGCGCCACCGCCUCGCCGUCGCGCCGGGUCACCGCGUGGAGCAGAAGAUGUCGCUCACGCUGUUCAUGAAGUACGGACUGAAGGUUAAUGUGCACCCCAGGGAUCUGAGGCCCGUGCUGGAAAAGAUAACUCAAAAGUGAUUUUGAUAUGGAUAUGGACGCCAUGAAAUUCUGCAAAAGUUUAGUAUAUUAAACAGACACAUCAUCCACUUAAAUAAAACAAUAAUAAAAAUUUAUAUAAUUAAUUAAUAUAGAACGAUGAUGUGUCAUUUAUAUAUCUUAGUUUAAUUUACAUUAUUUGUAUAGAUAAAAUUUACAUUUACUCAAAUUUCUCAUCUGAUGUGAUGUGAUGCGAUGCAUACUAUAUAAUAUGUUUU